UGGCCGCGGGCCUUGGCGUGGCGGCUAUUUUGUCCCCUUGGCGUCCCGUCAGCGGGCAGCUCGGGAGCCGGGGCUGCGGCCCGGGGAGGGGGCGCGGCGGCCGGGCGCCUUUUGUUGUCGUUUCUCCGCCCCGGGGAGCCGAAGGAGGAGGGUGGGUCGGGGGACGCGCCUGGGUGGGGCGGCUCGCAGCCGGGGCCUGGUGGCCCCCGGGGCUCCCGGGCGGACUGGGGAGGCGGAGGGUCGAGGCGGGAGGAGAGGGCUGCUGCAAGAUGAUGGCGGCCGAGGCCGGCGGGGAGGAGGGCGGCCCGGUGGCGGCCGGGGCGGGAGCGGGAGCGGGAGCGGGCAGCGCGGCGGCGGCGGACGCCUUUCCGGCGGCGGCGUGUCGGGUGAAGUUCCCUGCGGCCCUGCCCGUGGCCGCCGCCCCCUACGCGGGGCUGCCGGACGCGGGGGCGAGCGCGGCCGUGUCCGGAGGGAGCGCGCUGGGCUCGGGCUUCCUGGGAGCCGCUGCGGCGGCGGGCGCCUUCGGGGGACCGGGACUGGCCGGACCCGGCGGGGACGCGGCGCUCGCCAAGGGGGCCGCCUCGUCCUGCUCGUCGGCCGCCGACUUCCCGCCGCUGCCGCCGCCGCCGCCGCCGCCGGCGCAGAUGCCCCCGUUGGGUGCGGGCCUGGGGACGGUGGACGAAGGGGACUCGCUGGACGGACCCGAAUACGAGGAGGAAGAGGUGGCCAUCCCGCUGACCGCUCCUCCAACCAACCAGUGGUAUCAUGGAAAACUUGAUAGAACUAUAGCGGAAGAACGCCUGAGACAGGCAGGGAAGUCCGGCAGUUACCUUAUAAGAGAGAGUGAUCGAAGGCCAGGGUCCUUUGUACUUUCAUUUCUUAGUCAGACAAAUAUUGUCAAUCAUUUUAGGAUCAUUGCUAUGUGUGGAGAUUACUACAUUGGUGGGAGACGCUUUUCUUCACUCUCAGACCUUAUAGGUUAUUAUAGUCAUGUUUCCUGUUUGCUUAAAGGAGAAAAAUUACUUUAUCCAGUUGCCCCACCAGAGGCAAUAGAAGACAGAAGGCGUGUUCGAGCCAUUCUCCCUUACACAAAAGUACCAGAGACUGAUGAAAUAAGUUUCUUAAAAGGAGAUAUGUUUAUCGUUCAUAAUGAAUUAGAAGAUGGAUGGAUGUGGGUUACAAACCUAAGAACAGAUGAACAAGGCCUUAUUGUAGAAGACCUUGUAGAAGAAGUAGGCCGUGAAGAAGACCCACACGAAGGCAAAAUAUGGUUCCAUGGGAAAAUUUCCAAACAAGAAGCUUAUACUUUACUAAUGACAGUGGGCCAAGUCUGCAGUUUUCUUGUGAGGCCCUCAGAUAAUACUCCUGGUGACUAUUCACUUUAUUUUCGGACUAGUGAAAAUAUUCAACGAUUUAAAAUAUGCCCUACACCAAACAAUCAGUUUAUGAUGGGAGGCCGAUAUUAUAACAGCAUUGGGGACAUCAUAGAUCACUAUCGAAAAGAGCAAAUUGUUGAAGGGUAUUAUCUUAAGGAACCUGUGCCAAUGCAGGAUCAAGAACAAGUACUCAGUGAUACAGUGGAUGGCAAGGAAAUCUAUAACACAAUCCGUCGUAAAACAAAGGAUGCCUUUUAUAAAAAUAUCAUUAAAAAAGGUUAUCUUCUAAAAAAGGGCAAAGGAAAAAGAUGGAAAAAUCUAUAUUUUAUCUUAGAAGGAAGUGAUGCUCAACUUAUUUAUUUUGAAAGUGAAAAGCGAGCUACAAAACCAAAAGGACUAAUAGAUCUCAGUGUAUGUUCUGUGUAUGUUGUUCAUGACAGUCUUUUUGGCAGGCCAAACUGUUUUCAGAUAGUAGUUCAGCACUUUAGUGAAGAACAUUACAUCUUCUACUUUGCAGGAGAAACUCCAGAACAAGCAGAGGAUUGGAUGAAAGGUCUGCAGGCAUUUUGCAAUUUACGGAAAAGCAGUCCAGGGACUUCUAAUAAACGUCUGCGUCAGGUCAGCAGUCUUGUUUUACAUAUUGAAGAAGCCCAUAAGCUUCCAGUAAAACAUUUUACUAAUCCAUAUUGUAAUAUCUACCUGAAUAGUGUCCAAGUAGCAAAAACUCAUGCAAGGGAAGGGCAAAAUCCUGUAUGGUCAGAAGAGUUUGUCUUCGAUGAUCUUCCUCCUGAUAUCAACAGAUUUGAAAUAACUCUUAGUAAUAAAACAAAGAAAAGCAAGGACCCUGAUAUCUUAUUUAUGCGCUGCCAGUUGAGCCGAUUACAGAAAGGGCAUGCCACAGAUGAAUGGUUUCUGCUCAGCUCCCACAUACCAUUAAAAGGUAUUGAACCGGGGUCUCUUCGUGUCCGAGCACGGUAUUCUAUGGAGAAAAUCAUGCCAGAGGAAGAGUACAGUGAAUUUAAAGAGCUCAUACUGCAAAAGGAACUUCAUGUAGUCUAUGCUUUGUCACAUGUAUGUGGACAGGACCGAACACUACUGGCUAGCAUCUUACUGAGGAUUUUUCUUCAUGAAAAGCUUGAAUCAUUGUUGCUAUGUACACUAAAUGACAGAGAAAUAAGCAUGGAAGAUGAGGCCACUACACUGUUCAGAGCCACAACACUCGCAAGCACCUUGAUGGAGCAGUAUAUGAAAGCCACUGCCACACAGUUUGUUCACCAUGCUCUGAAAGACUCCAUUUUAAAGAUAAUGGAAAGCAAGCAGUCUUGUGAGUUAAGUCCAUCAAAGUUAGAAAAAAAUGAAGAUGUGAACACUAAUUUAGCGCACCUACUGAACAUACUUUCGGAGCUUGUGGAGAAAAUAUUCAUGGCUUCAGAAAUACUUCCACCGACACUGAGAUACAUUUAUGGAUGUUUACAGAAAUCUGUUCAGCACAAGUGGCCUACAAAUACCACCAUGAGAACAAGGGUUGUCAGUGGUUUCGUUUUUCUUCGACUUAUCUGUCCUGCCAUCCUGAAUCCACGGAUGUUUAAUAUCAUCUCAGAUUCCCCAUCUCCUAUUGCUACAAGAACUCUGAUCUUAGUAGCUAAAUCUGUGCAGAACUUAGCAAAUCUUGUGGAAUUUGGAGCUAAGGAGCCCUAUAUGGAAGGUGUGAAUCCAUUUAUCAAAAGUAACAAACAUCGUAUGAUCAUGUUUUUAGAUGAACUUGGGAAUGUCCCUGAGCUUCCGGACACCGCGGAGCAUUCUAGAACUGACCUGUCCCGUGACUUAGCGGCGUUGCAUGAGAUAUGUGUGGCCCAUUCAGAUGAACUGCGAACACUCAGUAAUGAGCGUGGUGCACAGCAGCAUGUACUGAAGAAGCUUUUGGCUAUAACAGAACUACUUCAACAGAAACAAAACCAGUAUACCAAAACCAAUGAUGUGAGGUAGCAGCUCCGCAGUGUGCUGCAUGGAUUCAGCAUGCCCAGAGUGGCAGUUCCCGUCAGUAUAAUGUCUCCUUUGCUCUUGCCAAAAAAUAGCACACCUUUCCACAUUCCAGUGAUGUGUGAGCUAUGCAAACAGAAACCCAGAUUCUGCCGCUGAAUUAUGGCGCCAGCAUCUUUGUUAAACUAUCUGUGCAGGAUAUUUGCACUUUUCCACAUAUGGAAUCAGUCUUUACCAACCUCUGAGCCUUGGUGUACAGAUCACCUUUCACACAACAAAAUGCUAGGACUGUAUCUUGAACUUUGAAAAUACUUUUUCAAUAUAUCCAAUUGCCAAAGUUUCGCUGUCUCUUGGAAAAAGAACUAUGAAAUCAACUGAUAAGAAAAAGCAUUCACUCUUUUAAGUGUAACUGGAUCACAGACUGUUCUUACUGUAACUUCUUCCUGAUUUGGAAUAUGACCGUUUGACUGUUCAAUGACUAUUUCUAUUUACAGUUUCCAGAGUUUGCCAUUAGGAACAAUUUUUUGCUGUAUACUUUCUAAAAAACCUGUGCUAUUUCUCUUGCUGGAACUGUUCAAAGAAAAUAUAUAGAAUCGAUCUAUUGCUCAUCAGCUUUAUUUUUUAAACAUACCACUUAUUUUGUUGGAUUGUCAAAGACUGUAUUUAGAUUUCAUAAUGCUUUUCUUAAAUGUUUACACCGUAGUCUGAAUUCAGUAAAUAUUAUUGGUCAUUGUAGUGAUGGCUGCAUGUUACCCAUUCAACCAUUUUGUAAAUUGUGAUUUUGCUUUUCUGUUUAAAAAAAUAACGAAUACUUUGUUGAAAGUAUUCAUUAACUCCAGCUUGAUUUUGUUUUUUUAAUUAUCCAAACAAACCCAUCAGUCACUUAAAGAGCUAUUCAUCUUUGAAUGUCUGACUACUUGUUGUAUCUGCUGGAUAUUUAGUUUGACUGUAUAGUUUUAUUUGCUUCUGUAUGUGUAUUUUUGUGAUGUAUUCAUAAGGGUUAAGUUAAAAUAAAAUCUAGGGAUAUCUUGUAAA